AUGACCUCAGUACGAUGCAGAAUGUCGAUCAGUGAUGGGACCAUCCUUCAACUGCACAGCAAGUCAGACCUUGGACGCCGGCAUCAGUGGAGGAAAGAGGCCUUAGAAUUUGCAUCAGUACCAGUAUCGAAGUUUUCACAGAACCUCCCGGAAAGACCUCAAGAUUGUCGAUCAGUGAUGGGACCAUCCUUCAACUGCACAGCAAAAGAGGCCUUAGAAUUUGCAUCAGUACCAGUAUCGAAGUUUUCACAGAACCUCCCGGAAAGACCUCAAGUACAAUGCAGAUUGUCGAUCAGUGAUGGGACCAUCCUUCAACUGCACAGCAAGAAUGCUCAAGAAUUUGCAGUAGUAUUAGUACUGAAGUUUUCACAGAACCUCCGGAAAGACCUCAGUACGAUGCAGAAUGUCGAUCAGUGA